AUAGGAAAGGGGGGGUCCAGGAAAAGGUGGUAACAUGCCCAUCCCAGUCCAUCUCCUCGGGUUCUCCAUCUCAAAGAGCAAACAGGAGCAAACUCAGUGCCCUGCAGCCCCACGCCAAACUCCCAGAGAGGAGCUCGGCCCCACGUCCCGGAGUCCGGGAAGGCCGCCUCCGGAGGAGCCCCCGCAGACGCCAUACUAAAAGUCAAAAUGGCUGCCCCGAGGAAGCCCGCACCGCGUAGCUAGCGAGGGCUGGGGAACGGCAACUGCGGGAAAGGGGGAGGGGGGCUGGAGGAAGAGCCGUCGCCGCGACCGUCACCGCCCGAGUCGUAGAGUUAUAGCCAUAACUUUUGAACUCUAUUUUGGAAAAGACUGGCCAGGAAAAAAAAAUGAUAAAAUUUUUCCUUAUGGUGAAUAAACAAGGACAGACCCGACUUUCUAAGUACUAUGAACACGUGGACAUUAAUAGGCGUACACUUCUGGAAACAGAGGUCAUAAAGAGCUGUCUCUCUCGAUCCAGUGAACAAUGCUCUUUCAUUGAAUAUAAGGAUUUCAAGCUGAUAUAUCGGCAGUACGCAGCUCUCUUCAUUGUGGUUGGAGUUAAUGACACUGAGAAUGAGAUGGCCAUUUAUGAAUUCAUCCACAAUUUUGUGGAAGUUUUAGAUGAGUACUUCAGCCGAGUGAGUGAACUAGAUGUAUCCUUUUUCAAUAGUGUCUUCCAGGGCAUGGGAAAGAACUAUAAUUCUAAUGAGUACUGAAGGACCCCAACAACAACGAGAUGGGAUUGGAAUACUGUGGACCUGCACAUCUUGGCAGGAGCCCACUAGGCUUUGUGUGAAUUAACUUUUUACUUAAAAAAAUCUGCUGCUUCCUGAAAAUAAGAAAGAAGUCUUUUGAGAACAUUGAAUCUAAAGUAAUGACAUCAAUUGUGACAAAUAUUUAUUAAUGUACUUAUAUAUACUUAGUGUGUAACUUGUAUAUGAAUUAUCCCAUACUUUUAUAUUUGUGUGUGUGUGUGUGUGUGUGUGUGUACUUGUGCCCAGAACUGGUAUGUCUGCAUCAACUUAAUAUCCUGGAGAAAUGGCCAUUUACCUGUUACGAUUGAUGGGAAAUGUCAUUGUGUUGAUAAAACUCAUGUGCAGGCAGUAUUUAAGACUUUAAAUUAACUGAGAAAAACUUUGUGCCCUCUAGUGGUAAGUGACCUACAUCUACGACCUAGGAGACACAAGGCCAGUCACUGGUCUAGUUUUUAUUCACUAUGCAGCAUUCUCUUUUAACUAUGCUGUUUAAAGCAAUUAAAAAUCUCUUUUGCCUUGGAUAGCUCAGUUUUUUAAAAAGACCUUUGUGGAUAGGAGUAGUGUCGCAUGCCUAUAAGACCAGCACUCUGGAGGCUGAGACAAGAGAUUGCCUCACAUUUAAA